CUUUUCUUAAUUAAUAUGAAUUCUAAUAAAUUAGAGUCAAUUUUAGUUUGUGAUAACGAUAUUGUUGGAUUAUUUAAGAUUGCUCUUAAAUUGGUAGAAAGUGGAAAAUACGUAUGGUUCAUUUCACCAGAACCAAUUACGAGUCUCCCUAAAAACGUAACACCUUCAACUAAAGAAGUAUUAAAAUUUUUAACUCUUUUGUACUUUAAAGACACUAGAGAGCUUUUAAAGCAUUUUAAUAGUAUCCAAACUUGGUUUAGGAUACCUGAAUUAAUUAUUAUAAUCGAUUUUCAUCAUUAUUUAGAUUGUGAAAAUAAUGAUUAUAAUCCAACAGAAAGUGCUUUUCUUUGUGCUUCAUUUCUAGACGCUGGCAAUGCAUGCAUAAAAAAAUUAAAUAAAUCUGUCUAUUUAAUAGCCUCAUUAGACUUAGAUAAAUGUAAAAAUAAAAAUGUACAAAUUUUAUUAGAUUUAUAUUUUAAUAAGAUAUCAAAUACUUCGGAGAUAAACAUAUAAAUUAUUUCUACAAA